GAAGCCGGCAUAUAGAUAUAGCAUACAACAGGUAACAAAACGGUAACUUUUUUAUUCCAAUUUUUCACAAGAAAAAGCAUAAAGCUUUGAGUUUCCAAUAUAGGAGAUAUAUGGAUUGUCAGUUAUGGUACCCACUUGACUUAAAAGGAGUGAUAACUCGAAGCUGCGAAGUACAAAAUUAUAUGCCUUGCUAAGCAGAACUUGAAAAUACUCGGAGCUAAAAGCUAUUUUGUUUGAAAAUUAGUUUUAUAAAGACUUCAUACAGUAAACAAACGAACUGAUAACAAUCUAAACUCUACGUGUGGGCUAUUCUUCAAAAUCGGACUUGACGGGGAUCUUAACUUUUCUGCGGGUGGACAUUUUGAAUUUUUGUCCUUGUUGAAUAAUAUUGUGUCGCUUCAAAGGAAGGAAAACUAGAAAAAGGUACUGGUGAAUGAAAAUGAUUAGGCUGCAUAAUCAGUCAUGGUUUUUCAAAGAAAAUUUGUAAUGCAGUUGCCCUUACAACUAUCGACGGAGGCCAAACUUCAAAGUACCUCCGCGCCUAUCUUUCCAACAAUAAUUAUUAAUAUGACAGGGAUAUGAAUCAUUUCAUUUUGGUAUUCACAACUUUCGGCACAGGUAUAAUAACAUAUAAAUGUAAAGGUCUAAACACCUUUCAUAACAGGCAGAGAAUCUAUGUCACGAUAUAUCUCGACUGGCCAAUACCAGACUUGAUUAAAUUUUUGAAAACAUUUUUUCUUAUUCUAAUAAUUAAGUUACACAGAGCAAGGGCAGACUGUGGACGUGAUAAAGAUGUAAAAGAGACGAUAGUUACAGUAAAAUUAAAGUAACAAAUAUAUUAGCAAUGUAAAGAGUUCAAGUUCAUGCACGUGUGCACUAACGCCUAGAGGCUCAAGGGUCUAUAUCUUUAGGACAGAGUCACUGAGUCACGUUCAGUGUUCAUUUCGACGAGAAAACAUGAUAUAAAUGGAAUUGAAUGCUUUUGUCUGGGGAGAGUCAAUUCUAAAAGUACUCGGCUGAACAGUAUAUUCGUAAUUAGAUUACAGGGACUCUCAGAACGUUAUCAUUGCAUUUAAGUCAGAAUUCAAACUUUUUGCGAAACAGUAAAUAACAGUUUUAAUCGAUUUUGGACAGGCUUUUUCUUUUACUAACUGUUCCACCAUUGAUCUACGUCAGGUAGAAAUAUUGCUUCCAACUGAGUAUUAACUCAUGAGACGAACCAAAUUCUAAUCAGUUAGGGCGACCUAAAUUAAGUUAAGAUAGUCUGAGUGUUUAGUCAGACGUCGAAAAUAGGGUGCCUCGAACCAACCAACCGAAUCAGACAAUCUCUAGAAUCAGACCAAAAAACAACAGGCCCGUAGCAAGCAUCAAAUGACUUGGGGGCGGGGGGGGGGGGGGGCGGGGGGGGGGGCCCACAUAAAUUUGGACAAAGACUAUGUCUUUUUAUUUUAAAAUCUCCCCGCGUUUUUGGGGUUUAUAAAAUUAAAAAUAAAAUAUUUUCUCCACCCCUUUUUUUUUUCUUUUUUAUAUGAAGCAGUAAUGGUGAGUUGGGAGUGAGAAGAGAAGAAGUGUAAACGAACCAAAAAAAAACAAACAAAAAAAAAAAAAAAAAAGAGAAGAGAAAACAAGGGGGGGGCGGGGGGAGGGGGGGGGUGGGGGGGGGGGGGGGGGGGGGGGGGGGCUGAGCGAGUGGCCCACAUUAACUUGGUACAUGACUAUGUCAUUUAAUGUUAAAUACUCUCCGCGUAUUCUGGGUAUUGAAAUAUCAACAUUAACUCAGUUCUACACCACCUUUAUCUGCUUUUAUUAAUUCGUAUAAAAUGCCUCUCAGAAAGGCCAUUUUAUUUCAUUCUAGAACUUCUCCAGUUAGUAAUACAUGUUCUAGUGAGUAUACCAGUGGCGGAUCCCCCAGCUUUUCUAAGGGUCUGGAUGACCCCCCCGCUUCCUCCUUAUCUCAAUGUCUGGAUCUGGCACUGUACACUGUUAUUAUAAUUCUAUUUUGCCCAACUAAAGUUUUCAAUUUGGUCUAUUCUUCAGCAACUUUUACGUUUAAUUGUGUAGAUAUUUGCAGCGGUCUGAAAUACUCAGUUUGGAACUUGGGCAUUUUUAUAUCUAUAUAUAAAGCCUUGAGUGUUUUGCCAAGCCCAUUCUAGUGCGUAAUAUUCGUGCACUGACUCGAGCAGUAAAUGACUCUAUGAUCAGACUAAAAACUGUCAAUUGUAUGUUUCCUCAAGGAAAUUAAAAGUUCGCAAACUGUAUUAUAAUUUGCAUACGAUUUCCCGAAACUUCCUUUGUCAUGAUGCUGACUAACUUCCUGAAUCACUGAAUUGAGUUUCCUGCUUGUGGCGUCCGUCAAUAACAUGCAGUUUCACUAUCAAAGAAAAGCAGGUUCACUGUGAAAACAAAAAGCUUACUGUUAACUGGUGUUGAAUUGUUGUUUUUUGUGGAAGAUCAUAAAAGAAUAACACGUUUAUGGAUGCAAAUCUCCUCGAUUUUGUGUCCUCGCUCUAAGUUUGAAUCUAUGGUGAAGAAGAAGUCAGUGAUAAACAUUUUCGCCUAGUAAAAAGGAAGUCUCACAAGCAAAUUCAAGAUACGAAUCUCAAUCGCGUAGCGGUGGGUACAUAAUUAGGACUGUCGAUCUCCAGGAAACACGCUUUAAUAAUUUCUCACAAAAGUUUCCUUCACUAGAAACUUUUCGGGUGGAGAGAAGCUACGACCGGAAAUACGUCUGCGUUCGCAGGCUCUUCCAAUACACGAUACUAAUUUGCGUUUUUUCUUUCUUUUUGUAGCUGCGACGAGACUGGUUAAAUCUGGGAAUCCAUGGUAAACUGUGAUACUUUCUUGAUGCAGUAAGCCUCAGUCCGCGAGGAACCGACAAGCAAAAAACGCUAGUUAGAUACAUGAAUUCUUGAUGGGCCUGAUGUCUAUCUACAAAGAAUAUGGAUUAGCUGAGAUCGCCGUCACAAUAGUGCAGUCCAUACUCGUUAUUGUGAACUUGGCUGGGAACUCUCUGGUUUGUUUCAUCGUGUUGAGAAAUCAGUGCAUGAGGUAUGUCGUGUGGAAAAUGCAGUCAGUACGUUAGUAAGCUGAUUUCUGUCGGGAAAAUGUGAUCGGGGGGGGGGGGGACUCGAUAUAUCCCUGGGGGGGGAGGGGCGGCGCGGGCCCCCAUACCCUGACCCUGUUUAAGACAAAAAUCGCGGUUUUUCCUCCCCCGUUUAAGACAGAAUUCCGAUUUUUGAUACCCUGUUUAAGACAUUUAAUUAACAUUAGAGCUUGUAAAAAUUUUGCUGUUUAUCGUCCAAGAAAAGAUAUCCUCUUUAAGACAAAAAUUGAUAAAUCGAUACCCUGAUUAAGACAAAAAAUGAUAAAUUCGAUACCCUGUUUAAGACAAAAAUCCAGAAAAACAUACCCUGGCUGGCCGCACGUCCCCAUUAAGCCCUUAUAAGGGAGUAACCCCCCCCCCCCGGAUGUGAUCACACUUUGCUUGAUUUCUAUUGUCAAACCCCAAACAUACUCGUCAUUCGUUGAAUAAAUAUGUCAUUCCGGAUUCCGGAAUCCCGGAUUCUCAGCUGAUUCCUGGAAAUUGUUGCUUGUGGAUUCCGGAUCCUGGGCUUUAUCACCCGGAGUACAGAUCAAGGAAACAGGAAUCCCUCUAACAAUUAGAGUCCGGAAUCCACGUCAUGGAAUCCAGGGUCCAAGACUGUCUUGUAUUCCCAUACAUGUGACUAGGAUCUGUACGCAAUAGGAGAGUGAGAUACUCGAGGUCUGGAAUCUUAGCUGAUUAGUUAACGUUAAGCCAUUUAAUUUUUUCCGGCAAAAUGUUGAUUUCAAUCACUAAGUAAACAGAAAUUAGUCAAGUUUUGUCCUUAGUGAACGAAGUCUUUCUUUUUCCUAAUAGAGAUCUCAAAUGAUUUCCUUUCAUUUUUAUGAAUUUCUACAGGACAUCAAUAAAUUGCCUCCUUAUGAAUCUCGCCAUAGCAGACAUAACUAUAGCCACAUUUUUACUACCAAGAUAUGUUUUGGUGCACACUUUCACUCAUCCUGAUGGAGUUGCUGGAAAAGUGCUCUGCAGACUGCUGACUGGAGGAAAUGUUGCCUGGAUUGGAGGUGGUACUUCCGUUUUUACACUUGUUGCCGUAGCAACUGAACGCUACUUUGCUGCACUACAUCCCUUUGGAAAAAAGGGAAAUUUUGGUGCUCGUAGAGUAAAGGUAUGCUUAUCACUUUUGUUUCGAUUUGCGUGUACACCAUUUAAAGCGAAUUAACUCUUUCUUCCGCAGGUAGCGUAAGUGGUUUAUUGAAUUUGACUACAACUUACCUUUUGCGUCAUCAUAGCACAAGGUAACCAAGAGAAGGCUAACACUAUUUACACAACGAUAAAAAGUUAGUUUUCAUAAUAUUUAGAAGUUUCUCUUGGUAUCGUGACUAGCAGAUAUACUCUGAGAGAGAAGUGGAAUGAAGACUGAAGUAAUUUCACUGCAUAAUAAUUCAUGAUUAAGCGAGGCACGAGCCCAGUUCCCGGCCGAUAGAAAGCCCCUGGUAAAAAUUGUGCGAUGCAGGAAAAAAGUAGUGUAGAAAAUCGAGAAAAAGUACAUGAAAUGCGAAAUUGGAGAGUUAGUAUUACCGGGUAUCACUUAUAAAUAUAAACAUGCAUUGCAAAGCAAAGGAACGCGUGAGCACACCUUGAGGAAGCAGAAGUGCCAAUUAACAUUGUGAACUUUUGGUUGUGUUUGACUGAUUUGCUAGUGGGUCUGGUACAGCAUGUCAUAAAACAUUAUAAUUUUGUAUAUAUAUUUCAGAUGACCAUUGCUUGCUCUUGGAUCUUUGGGAUCGUCAUCACUUUUCCAAUGUUCCUAGCAAGGAACUUUGACGAAGAACUUGAUUGGUGCGUUUAUACUUGGUCUGAAGAAUGGAUGGGUAAAGCCUAUAGCAUGGUUUGGUUUCUGUUUACAGGAUUUUUCCCGGUUACUUUCAUGAUCGCUCUAUACUCCCAAGUCGUGUACACUUUGUGGUUUACACGUUCAAAGCCAAGAGGACGUCAUCAUUGUGUGCAACAGGUUCGAAACUAAAUUAAAAACAACAUGCCUUAUACCAAUUUAUUCCUGCAAGAAAAAUUUCUUUUUUUGGCGAUGCAGAAAUUUCUGCCCGUCCUCAAUCCACACUGUAGCUAGCCUGCGAGCAAGCUCUCCUAUUUGGGCGAGUGAAGCGGCCCCUCGCUCGCGCGUUCUCGCGAGGCUCACUUUGCUUACCCAAACAGGAGAGCUUGCUCGCAGGCUACACUGUUGCAGUUUUCAUUGAUCGCCCAGUCGAAUAGUGCCAAUUAACGCAUUUUUAAAGUGAAAUUUUUCGUUUCAUUUAACGUCCUCCUUUGUAAUAGCGCUAUUGUUAAGCGCAAGCCGCGACAAAACCAUUCAUGGUUCUUUAUUUUAUCAUUGUUAUUUAUCUUGUUAUAAAUAGUUUCCGAUUUCACAGUGUAAGUUCUGUCUUGAUAAGCAAUGAAGAAAUGCAUGCAUAAAAUCGAGAAAUCAUGCCUCUAAAAACCUCUACACAUAUUUCGCAUCCUUUAUAGAUGGGCCAAUCUGUCAAUCUGCUUGUUAAUGUGUUUAGUAAAGUCGUCCAUGUUUAGUUAUAUUAGAAUCGGAACCCACCUACGUGUCAAAAGCUCGGGGUGGGCUAAUGCCCGACCCCCGGGCCACGCAAAAUUUGCUAAUGCCCCACCGCCGGGACUGACAUGGUAGGCAAAUGUUCCGCAGCGGCCUGGGGGAGGGGGCUGGGCGCAGCUGGAUUUGUCUGAUGCAUAAACACAAAAAAUAGAACUUGGCCAAUAUCCAACCAUUUUGACCUCACGCUUGGUCAAUAACGCAUGUGUGCAGGUUUACGUCACCACCGUCAUUUAGUAUAAGUGAUUUACCGUAAAAUUCCGAAAAUAAGCCCCUCCAUGUAUAAGCCCCUUCAAAUAUAAGCACCCCAAACCGGCAACGCAAAAAACCCUCCGUUAAACCGCCCCUCCAAAUAUAAGCCCUCCGGGGGCUUGUACUUGGAAAAUUGCCCCCAAAUACAAAGUAAAACAAACCAAAAACGGUAAAUUUCCUUCCAACUAUAAGGCUAGCCCAAUCGAGUUUGAAACACAAAUUUCCCUCCGUAGAUAAGCCCGUCCGAAUAUAAGCCCCUCCAAAAAUAAGCCCCGCAAAAAGGGCCUUUGAAAACUAUAAGCCCCGGGGCUUAUUUUCGGAAUUUUACGGUAUCUACAUUCCUAGCUGCUGGUCCCGUAUACUCACCCGCACCAGGGUUUAUUCUGUUCCACAAACAACAAGUUGAAAUUUUAAUUUUGUUUUCAGGGUGUACUGAAAGUACGCAAGCGGGUCACCUUGAUGGUCAUAACAGUCAGUAUCGUUUUUGGAGUAACCUGGCUUGCAGACACGUUUAACUUCGUCCUCUACUAUUACAAGCCUUCCUUCAAUCAGUUGACAUACGCAGCAACUUCCAUUCUGAUCCUGUUCAAUUCUGCUAUUAAUCCUAUUUUGUAUGCUUUGAUAAAUCAGCGAUUCAAAGAGAAAAUGAAAGGAAUAUUAAGUGGCAAGUGUCGUGCAGAACCAGACGGGAUGUUUUCUGUUAAAAAACAUGAGAAAGUGGAAAUAGCCGUUAUCUCCUUUCACCAAAGCCAAUUAACGGACGAACGUAGCUGAGGGAGUGAUUUUUGAUAAGUUAAUUUAUUUAUAGAGUUUACCUUAAUUAAUAUGUAUUUAAAACUGGUUGGUUAAUUAGAGGCCACCUUUGAGAGGGAGAAAGGGGCUUGAGUCAGUGUUAGCGGGAAGUGCCGUGUUUGCUGGCAGGCUAGGCUGUGAGGGUCAAUAAUCAAAAAGUCAUCAAGAAUAUGGCAUACAAAAUAAGAUCGGACUUUUGUUUACGGUUAUCAACUCUGCAACAUACCAUACACGUGUAUAAAAUUGAACCGGAGAACUUUUGAACCAUUGCAAAGCGGAAAGCUAAGU